UAGACGAAGAUUUAUGCAUAGAUCAUAGAUUGAUAUGGUUCGAGCUAGAUAGGGUGAUAUAAACAUCACAUCAUGAGUUCCAAGAAGCUAAGUCAGCCAUGUCUAGUGUGCUGGGUUGUUGUUUUCCUGUUCUGCACUCAAAGUGUUCAUUCUCAGCUUGAAGUUGGGUUUUAUAGAAGUUCAUGCAAGAUGGCUGAGUUCAUUGUCAAAGGGGCAGUUAGAGAUGGUUUCAAUAAGGAUAGAGGAGUGGCUGCUGGUCUUGUUAGAAUGCACUUUCAUGAUUGUUUCGUUGGGGGCUGUGAUGCAUCUGUGCUUCUUGACUCCACUCCCUCAAACAAAGCAGAAAAAGACUCUACUGCCAACAACCCUAGUCUGCGAGGCUUUGAAGUCAUUGACAAUGCAAAGGCUAGACUAGAGACCGAAUGCAAGGGAACUGUCUCAUGUGCUGAUAUUCUCGCAUUUGCAGCAAGAGACAGCAUUGAGAUAACUGGAGGUUUUGGCUAUGAUGUUCCUGCGGGAAGAAGAGAUGGCACAGUUUCACUAGCUUCAGAGGUCUCAACAAACUUACCUACCCCCAAAUUCAAUGUCGACCAACUCACUCAAAAUUUUGCAAACAAGGGUUUCUCACAAGAAGAAAUGGUUACCCUCUCUGGAGGACACACCAUUGGUCGAUCACAUUGCACUUCCUUCAGAAAGAGAUUAUACAACUUCAGUGGAACAACGAGCCAGGACCCAACCUUAGAUGCUACGUAUGCAACAAGUUUGAAGCAGAUGUGUCCGCAAGGUAGUACAGAUCCUAGCCUGGUGGUGCCGAUGAACCCUGGUAGUCCAGCCACUACUGAUGCAGGGUACUAUCUUGAUAUCUUAGCAAACCGAGGCUUGUUCACAUCAGACCAAACUCUCUUGACAAAUGCAGCAACUGCAACUCAAGUGAAUAUUAAUGCAAGAAAUUCCAUGCUUUGGAAGAGCAAGUUUGCAGCUGCCAUGCUGAAGAUGGGCAAACUUGAUGUCUUGACCGGGAAUGCGGGAGAGAUUCGGGCUGAUUGUAGGGUCAUCAACAGUUAAGUAGCAAGGCUUGGGAGCUGAAUUAACAUUGAUCUGCUUUUAAGCUUAAGGUCAAUAGGAUUCUUUCUUAAAAA